AUGGUUCUCCUGAGAUCCAGGAGACAAAUGGGAAAGCUUCACCUUUCCAAGAACUGGCCCUGCACGGCAAUGCUCUCUCUGCUUUUUAUCCCAAGUAUCUCCAAAGCGGUACAUGUGACUCAACCAGCAGUGGUCCUGGCCGACAGCAAAGGGGUUGCCAGCUUCGCGUGUAAAUAUGAGUUGACAAACAAAACCAAAGAGAUCCGAGUGGGGCUUCUACGAAAGAUGGACAACCAGAUGGUUGAAGUCUGUGCCUCAACAUACUUGGUACAGAAUCAACCAGUGUUCAUGGAUGACAUGCUUGAGUGCACAGGAAAUGCCAGUGGGAAUAAAGUGAUGCUCACUCUCACAGGACUGAAGGCCUCAGACACUGGACUGUACAUCUGCAAAGUGGAGCUCAUGUAUCCUCCUCCCUACUUCAUGGGUUUGGGCAAUGGAACACAGAUAUAUGUCAUUGAUCCCGAACCUUGCCCGGAUUUUGAAGUCAUGCUCUGGAUCCUGGCAAUAGUGAGCUCUACAUUAUUUUUUUAUAGCUUCCUCAUCACAGCUGUUUCCUUGAAUAAAAUGCUAAAGAAAAGGAGCCUUCUCACUACAGGAGUUUAUGUGAAAAUGCCUCCAACAGAACCUGAACAUGAGAAACAAUUUCAGCCCUACUUUAUUCCCAUCAACUGA